UUUUUGUGCAGUGGUCGAGACAGUUCGUUUGCAAGGUUAGCAUCAGUAAACAAACAUGGGUGUGGUGUGUCAAAUACUGAUCAAUAGAAAUGAAGAAGGUUUCUUCAGAGCCGGUCAAGUCGUUACAGGAACUCUGAAAUAUGAAAUAGACGAGCCUACGAGGUACGAAAGUAUUGAUCUCUCAUUUCUGGGCAGAGGGAAAUGUCAUUGGUCAAGAAAGGAAGGAAAACAUAACAGACAUUACAGAAAUAAAGAAGUAUACGUAUCAGUUACUAUGAACCUAUUUUCACCUGCACCUGAUCAAAAAGUUGAAGCUGGAACUUAUGAAUAUCCGUUCCAAUUCUUACUCCCUGAUACAAUACCAGCAUCCUUUAAGGAUAUAAUCUGCCAGAUCCAGUACAGAGUAAUUGCCAAAUUUCUACAAAACAAUUUCUUUAACAAAGGAGAUACAUUCGAAGCUGAGGUCCCAGUUUACGGGUACGUCGGCCCAUGGGCACCAGAGCCCUUAAUAUUUGGCCUCAAAAAAUACUUCUUUACAUGUUCACCACAAAACACAGUGACUGUAAAAGCGGAGAUAGACAAAACAAUACUGAUACCCGGAGAAAAUAUUUGUCUGCGAGUGACAGUGUAUAACGAUUCCAACAUACCAGUGAUAAUCAAAAGUGAAUUAAUUAAGUGUUUAACGUACACAGCAUCGAAUAGUAAGGCGACGAAAAUUGUGAAAGAAGUAAUUCCAGGUACAGUUGAAUGUUCUCCAAGUGUGAAGGAAUUUAGUAUGACUGAGUUCACUCGAUUGCUUCCGACGCUAAGAACGAUGUAUUCUAUACAGAAUACGGUUGUGAUGAUAGGAGAAUAUAAGGUGAAGGUGACAGCUGUGGUGCCGUGCCCUCAUAUCAAUGCUUCAGUGGAAGUGCCCGUGGUGAUUGGAGAGAGAAGACAUAGACUGAAGCCUAGGGCUCCAGAUCCUGAAUAAGAGAGGAAGGAGAAAAAGGAGUGAGUGCCAUUUCGGUGAAAGAAUGCCAUAAAUGAUGACACUUAGGUGUAUUUCUAACAAAAUUUGGGGAGUUACUUACUAGGAGUACUAACACAUUGCAGGCUAAACAGUCGGCUGACAGUAUUUUAAAAAAGAAUACUUGGAUUCAAUCAAAGUUUUCUGUCGGUCUGAUACCGGCUAAAUACCUGAUGUUUGUAAUGUGCGUACUACCAUUCAUCUUCAUACUGAUUUAUGAGCCCAAACGAACUAUCGGCUGACUAAAAGUUUGCAGUGUGCUCUUAAAUGUGAUAUUUACAACGACAGUUGAAGAGUUACUAAGAAGUAAAGUUAGUUAUUUAUCUGUGAUUGUGAUGAACCUCAUAAUAAAUCAUGUGUGUUACUGUGGAGAUCUUUGUAAACUGUUAAUGUUAGGUACUUAAUGCACGUUAUCUACUUACUUAAUGUCUGUAUUUAAAUUAUAUGGUUUAUUCUCUUA